UGCUGCUGGCCACUUGGGCUAUUUCUGCUGCCUGUCUCUAUCGGUGCAGUAGUGCUAACAGUUUGGCAGAUGGGACACUUUUUCUUGGAGUUUAUGUCUUUAGUUCUUAAUUUCUGGCAGUGCCUGGACUCGUCGCUGUCUCCCCCUCCCCUCUCCUUUCUCCUGAAACCAUGGCCCAUCGGCUGCGGUUUCAUUUUGGCUCCGGACGAAGCAACACCGCUCCUGAGUCGGGGAUCCUUGACCGUGAGAGAGAAGAGGAUGACUUUUUCAUGGCAUGCCACACUUUGCCCAGAAGGAAUGGGCCUCAUACUUUCUCAAGGCGAAGGGCCGAGUGUGGAGAUAACCACAGGGAUUUGCGGGAAGCCGGUUCCUUGAAGAGGAGCACCUCUAUGUUUAUUCCUCAGCUUCUCAACAGCAUAGAUGCACGGCCCACCAGGAGCUCUUCCGUGCAGAUUUCGCUCCAGCGCAAGGCUGUCAAUGGGCAUGCUGAUGAAUGCGAGGGCACGGAAUCCCCCCCAGAAGACAUGGGGGAUUUUUCAGAUUUAGGGGAGCAUUGUGCAUCUCUUGAUGGAAGCCAUUCUUCUUCGAACAGUCAGCAGGUCACCCCAGACAACUCUCCACCCAGGCAAGCGGAGAACCCAGAGUAUGAGAUUAACGGAGAGCCAUCUAAUCACAGGAUAUUUUGUACCAUCCCUUCCAAUAACUGGACUGACAAUGGUGCAGCCACUGGCCAGGACCACGAAGGAAGCAAAACCGGAUUAGGCUUAAACAUUGGCAGGGUAAGGAUUCAGCAUCGGGCUUCGAGCGUGGACGUGCCUCAUGUUACGCUAAUGCCCUUUGACUCAGAGGCGCCAAACAAUGCUUCGGCCUCAGAACCCAGGCGCUGGUCUUUGCAACAUUUGCCAGAAGGCUCUACCAAUUCAGGAAAGAAAUUCUUUGUUUUCCAAUUGCAGCAGCCCCAGGCAAAUAGCACAGGGACAGACUACAAUUUUGGUUUUACGGGAACGAAAGGGGAUCGGUUGGUUAGGUAUCCACGAAUACGUCUGGAGAGGAGUACCUCAUAUCCAGUUCACCCACAGCCAGAAUGCAUUAGCCCCAUGGAGGGUGAAAGUGUGAAUUCAACACUUCAUGGAAAUAUCAGGAAUGGCACUGAAAAAUCCAGAGGCAAUCCAGUGGAGCGGGUUUCUCCAGGGCAAGGAUGCAUGUUUAAAAUCCACCCAGAUCAAAACUCAAGGCAACAGCAUUUCAGAAUUCUUGUAACUCGUGGGAUUAAUGAGAAAGGUCAAAGUUCUGGAUCAGAGAAUUCAGCUGGUUCUGCUCCUGUUGCAACCAAUUCAUCAACCAGAGACGAUUUCCUGGGUCAAGUGGACGUGCCGCUUAACCACCUUCCGACUGAAGAUCCAACCAUGGAAAGACCAUAUACGUUUAAAGAUUUUCUUCUCAGGCCAAGAAGUCACAAAUCUCGAGUAAAGGGAUUUCUGAGGCUGAAGAUGGCAUACAUGCCAAAGAAUGGUGGCCAAGAAGAUGACAAUGAUCAAAGAGAAGACUCUGAGCAUGGCUGGGAAGUGGUUGACUCCAAUGAUGCCCCUGCUCAGCGCCAAGAGGAAUUGCCCCCGCCUCCUUUGCCCCCAGGUUGGGAAGAAAAGGUGGACAACCUCGGGCGUACCUACUACGUCAACCACAACAACAGGACAACCCAGUGGCACCGACCAAGUUUAAUGGAUGUGUCAUCUGAAUCAGACAACAACAUCAGACAGAUAAAUCAAGAGGCGGCCCACCGAAGGUUUCGAUCCAGGAGACACAUUAGUGAGGAUUUGGAUCCAGAGCCUUUGGAAAGUGGAGACGUACCUGAACCUUGGGAAACCAUUUCAGAAGAAAAUGCAAACAGUGAUUCCUUAAGCCUGUCCUUGCCACCUCCACCUGCUUCGCCCGUCUCUCGGACCACUCCUCAGGAGCUGUCUGAUGAACUGAACCGAAGACUUCAGAUCACUCCUGAUUCCAAUGGGGAACAACUCUCUUCUAUGAUUCAAAGAGAUCCUUCUGCAAGGUUAAGGUCUUGCAGCGUAACUGAUGCAGUUGCUGAGCAGUCCCAUUUAACACUGCAGACUGGACCACCUAGGAGAGUUCGUUCCUCAACUGUCACUGGUGGCGAGGAGUCAACGCCAUCAGUGGCCUAUGUACAUACUACACCGGGCUUACCUUCGGGCUGGGAAGAGAGGAAAGAUGCUAAGGGACGUACUUAUUAUGUCAAUCAUAACAACCGAACCACAACUUGGACCCGGCCUAUUAUGCAGCUUGCAGAAGAUGGUGCAACCGGGUCAACCUCAAACAGUAACAACCACCUAACCGAGCCUCAGAUAAGACGGCCUCGUAGCCUCAGUACUCCCACAGUAACAUUAUCUGCACCACUUGAGGGACUUCUGAAGGAGUCUCCGGUGCGAAGAGCUGUGAAGGACACUCUUUCUAAUCCACAGUCUCCACAGCCUUCUCCCUAUAAUUCUCCAAAACCACAGCAUAAAUUGACACAAAGCUUCUUGCCUCCUGGAUGGGAGAUGCGAAUAGCUCCUAACGGCAGGCCUUUCUUCAUUGACCAUAACACGAAGACCACAACAUGGGAAGAUCCUCGGCUCAAAUUCCCAGUCCACCUGCGGCCAAAACCUGCUUUAAACCCCAACGACUUGGGUCCUCUCCCUCCUGGUUGGGAGGAAAGGAUACAUUUGGAUGGAAGAACGUUUUAUAUAGAUCAUAGAAGCCAGGUGUUGAUAUGUGGCGACAUUCAUACCCGAGACUUAGUGCCCAAUUACGAUAAUAAAAUUACCCAGUGGGAAGAUCCCAGAUUGCAAAAUCCUGCUAUUACUGGUCCAGCUGUUCCAUAUUCCAGAGAAUUCAAACAGAAAUAUGACUACUUCAGGAAGAAAUUAAAGAAACCAGCUGAUAUACCAAACAGAUUUGAGAUGAAACUUCACAGAAAUAAUAUUUUCGAAGAAUCGUAUAGAAGAAUCAUGUCAGUGAAGAGACCGGAUGUAUUAAAAGCCAGGCUGUGGAUAGAGUUUGAAUCCGAAAAGGGCCUUGACUACGGAGGUGUCGCCAGGGAAUGGUUCUUCUUGUUGUCCAAAGAAAUGUUCAACCCUUAUUAUGGCCUCUUCGAGUAUUCAGCAACGGACAACUACACUCUGCAGAUCAAUCCAAAUUCGGGCCUUUGUAAUGAAGACCAUUUAUCUUACUUCACCUUCAUUGGGCGAGUUGCUGGGCUGGCAGUGUACCAUGGAAAGCUUUUAGAUGGUUUCUUCAUUAGACCUUUUUACAAGAUGAUGCUGGGGAAACCAAUAACUCUGAAAGAUAUGGAGUCGGUGGACAGUGAAUAUUACAACUCCUUGAAAUGGAUCCUGGAGAAUGACCCUACAGAGCUGGAUCUCAUGUUUUGUAUAGAUGAAGAAAACUUUGGACAGACAUAUCAAGUUGACUUGAAACCAAAUGGAUCUGAAAUCACAGUCACAAAUGAAAACAAAAGAGAAUAUAUUGAUUUAGUCAUCCAGUGGCGGUUUGUCAACAGAGUUCAAAAGCAAAUGAAUGCAUUUCUGGAGGGUUUCACAGAACUCCUGCCUACCGACUUAAUUAAAAUCUUUGAUGAAAAUGAGCUGGAGUUGCUAAUGUGUGGUCUUGGUGAUGUUGAUGUCAAUGACUGGAGACAACAUACCAUCUACAAGAAUGGAUACUGUCCAAACCAUCCUGUCAUUCAGUGGUACUGGAAGGCUGUGCUACUGAUGGAUGCUGAGAAACGUAUCCGACUACUGCAGUUUGUAACUGGGACAUCACGAGUGCCUAUGAAUGGAUUUGCUGAACUUUAUGGUUCAAAUGGUCCUCAGCUGUUUACAAUAGAGCAAUGGGGAAGUCCUGAAAAAUUACCCAGAGCUCACACAUGCUUUAAUCGCCUUGACUUACCUCCAUAUGAAUCUUUUGAAGAAUUGCGAGAGAAGCUCCUUAUGGCUGUGGAAAAUGCUCAAGGAUUUGAAGGAGUGGAUUAAGAGGGCGCCUGUUUCUGAUCUUCACCAUUCUUCCUCUUAUGAUGAAAAAAAAAUAACGAUUCUGUUCACGGAGCAAGUUCUGCGUGCGCUUUUUGAUUUGCCCGACAGACAUUUGCAAGAGGCAGUGGCAGAACGGUUGCACAGUGGUUGGUUCAUGGAGCAAACUCUUGUACAGUGCAGAUGUCAAAAUCCAGCAAUUGGAAGUAACUCUCUUUCUCUCCCACAUCUGUGGAUGGUGUUUCUGGAAACAUCUACAGCAAAUUACCAACAGGUUGAUGUGUACCUUGACUACAUUUCAGCAGGACUUGUUCUAUUUAUGUUGUGCCUCUGUAGGCAAAAGCCCUUAAUAAAUGUUUUACAUACUUUCUAAUGACAAUGAAUGGAAUUAAUCAUUUUACAGGUAUAGUAUUACAGCUCAUGUUUACUUUUUAAAAAAUGAUUUAGACAUUUUCAAAUUUUAAUUCACUACGAUUAAAAAAAAUCAUAUACUGGAAAAUAGAGGGCUUUUGUUUUCCUCUCAAUUUGUCUAGAUUAGAUGCCGGUGGCAUUUUAUGAUCAAAAGUCCCACUUUUCUGUUGUUUUUAGCCUUAGGCUGUCAGUCUUUUGGAUUCCUUGGAACCCUUUUUGUAUGAAAUUUUCUGCAGAUUGGACAUAUUAUCAGAAAAUACCUAAUGCCUUUUAAUCAUGUGCAUCAAGCUUUGACAGAAAAGAAAAACAGACCGGAAACAGAACUGGCGAUUUGGAUGUACAGUAAUUUAUGGAUCAGCAGGAGGAUCAUAAUAUAAAACUGCAUGCCAAAUCUCUCACUCAAUAAAGAAAAUGCCUCACUAUUCCAUAACAAUA